CGUGAAGCGUGAUCAGGCACCCCUUUCAUCUGAGCGAUGGAAACACUGGGGUCGUCUGCGCCGGCAUUGGCGCGUAAGCUUCCCGCGUAAGGCCGCGCGUAAGCGCCCCCGUUUCGAAUGCGUGCCGCGCUGGCGCCCCGCGCAAGCCGUCGCGUGAGGUCGCCAUGCCAUCUCGCGCAAGAUCCGUUUCGCCUGUCGCCCAUCUGGCUGGAGCAGGACCCGCGAUGGGCCGCUCGCAGCAUCACCCGCUCCUCGAGGGCCCCCAUCCGCCAAGCCCGCGCGCGCCGCGCUCUCGCUCGCCCUGCCCUGCCCGGGCGGAGGUCGUGUACCAGUACUUCGCGGCCGUCGUCGGGCAGGCCGUGGUCCUGCCGCUGUGCUGGGGCUUCGCCUGGGCGGGCCGCGACCGGGGCGCCCCCUGGUGGUUCGGCGCGCAGCCCCAGUGCGCCGCCGGGGAGUACCUGGCAUUCAGCGUGGCGUACUUCCUGUCGGACGCGCUGGCGAACUGGGCGGACACCUCCGGCGUCCUCCUCCUCCACCACGCGGCGGCGGUGGCCUGCGCCCUGCUGGCCAGCGUGGCGGGCUGCUGGCUCGGCCUGUUCGUCAGCCUGGCCAUGGUCUACGAGGUCGGCAGCCUGUCCUGGUCGCUCAGUGACCUCGGCCUCUUCCCGCGCCACGCCGCGCUUUGGACGAUGUUGGUGAGCACCCUGCUGCCGAUGGUCUGGGUCCUCCAGGGCCUCCUUGCGUCCCCGCCGCGUAGCCCCGCCGGGGCCUUCAACGCGCUCGUGGCGUGCGUGGCGGGGGCCCUGCGCCUGAGGGAGGUCUGGGCCGCGUGGCCGCGGUACAGCGCAGGAGC